UGGGAUAUAAAGCAGAGAGGGGGCAGCAGCCCACAGAAGCACAUUCAGAGCUCCAAGGCUUGGGGGGCUCCAUCUGGGGGAGAGAGAGGAGGGUUGGACCCUAUACAAGCCUGGGACAAGCCUUGGAUAUUGCUCAUUCUCCCCCUGCUGUUGGGCUGUUCCUGCUCGAUAUUUACCAACAGGAUUAAAUCCCCAGGUGCCUCCGAUCUACUGCCCACCCCCCGGCCGCAGAGAACCCCCCCCAGGGAGCUGGAUCAGUGGGCUACUACCUGGGCAACCAUGUCGGCCAAGCAGGCAGAGCCAUUGGCCGUCUGCUCCACUUACCAGGCGGUGAUGCCCCACUUCAGCGGGGUCACCGAGGAAUACCCCCAGCCCAUCCAAGCCAGGACCCUGAAGGGCAAGGGCAAGCUCAGGCGGCCAAGGCAGAGCCGGUUCAAGACCCAACCGGUGACCUUCGAUGAGAUCCAGGAGGUAGAGGAGGAAGGGGUGUCCCCGACAGAAGAGGAGAAAGCCAGAAAGUCCUUCCUGCAGUCGCUGGAGUCCCUGCGGAGAAGCUCCCACAAUAAUCACAUCCAGCGGGAGAAGCUGGGCAGCUCCAAACUGAGGCACAGCCUGGACUCCAGCGACUCCGACUCGACCCUCUAAUCCCAGGCUGGGCUCUUCCUACAACUCGGGGGCCACUGUCACGGCCAGGAGGUGUCGCCUUCCUCCAGUGGGACCACUUUGGGGUGCAGCAGUUUGGGGGAACCUUGAAUGGAUCGCUGGAACAUUACUGAGCUGUAUAUUUGUUUUUGGCAUAAACAACACCCCCCCCCCCCCCUCCCAGCUGUUGCACUAUAUUCGGACAGAAGAGCUUGCAAUUUCCAGUCUGGGGUAUGGGGGGGACUGGCAGCAAUGACUUGGCAAAGUCGUAGUAAACUUGCUGCUUUAAUUCUCUUGUACUCCUGAAACCCUCAGCUGUCCAUCGGCUAGCCGAGGAUUCUGGGAGUGAUUAAACAGUGCCACAUGACUUGUUAAAGAGACGGUACACUUGUUUAAAAAAAAUGGCACAAAUCAGGGGUAGAACAUAUAUAGCCUGCAACUCCCAGCAUGCCCUGGGCUGUAGUUAUCCAAAGCCUUCCGGUCCCCGUUUUGCCUUACUACACACAGGCUGGUUUUCAUGCCUUGCUGGCUGAGGAUUCUGGGUAGCAGUCACGCCCCUAUAUCUCUGUUAGCUAUUUGUAUUGGGUGAGGUCUUGACUUACUGUGGGGCCAAUGUUGGGUGGGGGGGGGUGGUGUCCUUUUGGAAUUAAGGCUGCUAAAGAGAACUACAACUCCCAGCAUCCCACCUUCCACCUGUACUAGAUGUAGUAAUAGCAACUGCUACUCCCAGCAACACCUACUGGUUUAGGCCCAACACAAGUAGGUUAAAUAUCCUUGUUAUAGAGCAACAGUCACCCCUACAGCUCUAGCAGAGGAUGCUGGGAGUUGUAGUGCUAUAAGCUUCCUAUGGAGCCUUUAUAUACAAAGCUAUGGGGAUAGAGUUGAUGGUAACAGUCAUGACAGGGGUGGGUUGUGGGAUUGAAUUUAAAGCGACGGGCAAUUCCCCAUUGGCGUUUCUUUAAUACCCCCAGGGGGGGCAGCCACAUUUCCUACACUCACGGGGGGGUCCCUGCACAGCGAGGCUUAUUUUUGUAACAUAAAUAUAAAAAAUAAUGUGUUGAAAUGGGGUAAAUAUUUAUUUUUGCACUUGCACCGCUCUCUGCAUUUCCCCUAGAAAUCUAUAUAUUUGUAUAAAGAGGUUACUGUUCUUUUAAAUAAACACUGUUCUUUUCUUUUUUUUUUGGCAACGUCUCCCCAAUAGUCUGUGUUUGUGGGUUGUACCCCCAGGGGCACCUUGUACUGCAUUUGUUAGGGGGAUCCAAUCAGCCGCCUUCUACCUAUUGAUGAACUGCAUCUCCCUGCAAUACAGAUUGAGGCUUCUUCCCCUUUAUGCUUAUGGCUUUGCCUCCUGCUGCCCUCUAGUGACGACAAGGGGUAAUUAUAACAUUAGGGGCAGUGAGAGGGGGAUAAUGUUUCCCAGAUGUUUUUAGACUACAAAU